UUAUUCGCCAUCGUCUCUUGUGCUUCAAUAGGCUGUUACCUCAUCUACAUGCUCUUCGUUCGGCAGUUGAUCAGCCCAUACAGACAUUUGCCUACUGCAAAACAGCCUUCGUUGUGGAGACGGCUGUUCCACGAACCGACACCUUUCGAGCUUAGAUAUUGGAUGCAGGAGACUCCAAAUAAUGGCUUGGUCCGGUUCUUUGGGUUCCUGAAUCAAGAGAGAUUGUUUAUAACCUCUGCGGGGACCAUGAAGCAAGUAUUGCAAAAAGACGCGCAGAAGUACGACAAGUUACCAUGGCUGGGUAACCUCCAGAGUGCGGUUGGCGUCAGUGGCUUAGUCUCAUCAAAAGGAGAUCUUCAUAAACUUCACCGCAAAGUCACGAUUGGAGCUUUCAACGACCUUUCAACUCGAAUUCUCUAUCCUGAAAUAUGGACCAGCAUCCUCAAAAUUGUUACUGAUGUUCCAAAAUUGAUUGCUGACUGCAGUACGAUCAAAGUGAAUCUUCUUCUCCAGCUGGCAUGCCUCGAAAUCUCCUUGCACGCUGGGUUCGGCAUCGAUAUCGAUAUCUUGAGGGAUCCUCAACAACCCAUUGCACAGAACUACCUGCGCCCUUUCCAACUCGGUGAGAGAUCGUCGCUGUACAUGAAGCUGCUGCAUAUUUGCCCCGUUGCACUUCAACUACCCGCAGUCGCACUCAUCAGCAAAUUGAUGGGUGUCAAUGUGUGGAGAAUGAGGACUCUAUUGAUCAGAAACCAAGACGAUGGUCGCACGGAAGCCAACGAGUCGCAUGAUAUCAUGAAUGGUCUACUUCGAAGAGGCUACAAUCGCCUAUCUGAGCGCGUACUGAUGCGACACCUCAUGACAACAAUGGCUGCGAAUACGGAGAUGGUAUCGAAUCAAUUAUCGUGGGCAAUCUAUGCACUUUCGCAUCCGGACAAUCUGCACGUCCAAACCCGUUUACGCAACGAGAUUCAUGCAAGCUUCCCAAACCCGCCAGCUACCAUGUCGUGGGAGACCAUGCACUGUCAAAACUAUCUUCUCGGCGUCGUGAACGAAAUUCUGAGGCUUUACCCAAACGUCGGGCACCGAGGUCGCGUGGUGAACGCCGACACUAUGCUGGACAACCUACAUCUGUCCAAAGGCACAAUCCUGGUCUGGCCAGUAUAUGCAACGAACCGAGACCCACGGCAAUGGGGUCCGGACGCCGACAUUUUCAAGCCCGAGCGUUGGAAUCCUGCAGAAUCAGUUGACAAAGAGACCAAACGUUGGAACGCUUUCAGUUUUAUGACUUUUGGUCAGGGGCUGCGAAAAUGCCCUGGCGAGUCGUACACUCGAGUGGUCAUGGCCAGCAUGCUUAUGGGUCUGAUAGGCAGAUUUGAGUUUCGGAGACCAGAU